AUGACUUUGACAGAGAAGCUCCGUGAUCUGGGGGCUGAAGACAGGCCAUCUAAGGUUGAGGAGUGGGUAGGGAUUGCAGAAGAGGAAACGGUAAAUGUGGGCGACUCUCUUGAGAAGCUUGGCAACGAAAGGAGGAGAAACAUGGGGUGGAAGCUGAAAGGGACGAGGUGGGAGAAUGCAAACCAACAAUUGGUGCUGCUAGAAAGAGCAGUCAUGGACGCAAGGCACAUCAGUCAGUUACCCUGGAGCAUCACUACUUCCAGGGUGAGGGGAGUGGGUCCUAAAGAUCCAAGGAGAUCCAGGCAAAGGCAGGUUGAGCUGGGGCUCUCCGAGGAGCUGAUAUGUGUCACAGUCCAGCUGUUCCUCCAUGUUUGGCCAAUCCCCGUGUUUGAAGGAGACAUCCUGACGCGAUACCAGGGAAGGAAGAGCUCAGCCCUGGCCCAGGUGAAGGUCUACAAAGAUGAAAAUCCCUCCAUUUCUUUAGGGUAGCCAGCCUCUGACCAUGGGACUGCCACAGGGAGGAACAGGGGCCAGUACAGCUGCACUAGGGAGGCGACGCACUUCCUACAUGUCAGCAGACACACCUCAGGGACAGCCAUGGUUCAAGUUCAAGAACUCUUCCUGCCUCCUGUGCUGAGCAUCAUCCUCCCCAACUGCCCUCCCCUGCAGCCUGGUCCCCCCAACUGCUCUGAGGGAAGUCCCCUGACCCCAAGAUGCCAGACAAAACUCCACCCUCAGAGGUCAGCCUCGUGGCUCCUCUUCUCCUUCUACAAGGAGAGCUGUACCUUGCAACAGGGGCCCCACUCAGAGCUCUGCAUCCCAGCAGCCGGGGGGGGAGGCGGGGGGGGGGCAGAUUCUGUUUACUGGUGUGAGGUAGCCCAUGAGGGCGUCACGGCGAAACAGAGCCCCCAGAUGGAGAGCAGGAUGUGGGCUCCUGUGUUCUGUUCUCUGCUCACCAUGAGUUCCGGGUCCCCUGGCCUUACUGUGGGGGACAUGGUGAAGCUCCUCUGUGAGGCUCAGAGGGGGUCCCCUCCUAUCCUAUACUCAUUCUACCAUGAGGAGAUUUUGGGGAACUGCUCAGCCCCCCAAGGUGAAGCUGUCUCCCUUCUCUUCCCAGGGAUGUCAGAGCAGAAUGCUGGGAACCACACCUGUAAGGCUGAGAACAGGGUCUCCAUGGAGACAAGUCAGCCUGAGACACUCUCCCUGGAUGGUACAUCUUAUCCCUCACCCAGCUCUGAGCCCCAUAGCUGCGACGAUCAGAUCCCACUACUCCAUGUACCUCCCACCAGUAUCUCUGUGCACUCACCCCUGGGUCAGAGCAUUAAAGGCAAAGCAACACGGCACAGCCGGCUCCUUACCAGCCCAGACAAGGUGGUGGAGAAGCAGUCUCUGGUGAAAGAUCCUCAAGAGGAAGAUGCCUUUCAUCGGGAGUAA